UUUAACAAUCAUGUUCAGUCGAAAACAAGACAAAUUUGUGCUAAAACCUUUGAAAGAUCAAACUUGAGUUACAGAGAGUGUGAUGCUCUUUUCAUUAGCUGUUUCUUUCAUCGAAGUUAGACAGCUCUCAGAUAUGCAUAUCGUUCUCUGUCUUGUAAACGACUGAACACUUCACUUUCAUCUAUUUCCGUCUAACGUGAUAUCAUAAUUGUCAGUGGAGAUAAGAAGAGUAUUAGAAGAGCAUUGAAUAUAUACGUUACGAUUCAAAAAAUUAUGGAUGAGUACAUGAAAAAGGUACUAUUAUUCGUUAUUCUGAUGUCCAUCAUCACAACACCCAUACCACUUGCAAUGACACAAAUACCAAAAACGGAAUCAACUUCGCUGCCAAUUUACCUCCUAUCCAUCACUGUUGGGCCUGUUGAGGCGAUAGUGUUGAUUCUCUUCUUCACAUUAGAUACGACGGGAACAAAAUUUCCAUUAGAUUUAUUCUUUCUGAUGUUACAUACGAUAUUAGCAUCUGUACUCACAGGAAUACCGUUCAUUGGGCAAACGCUUACAUGGGGGCUUAUAGUGACGCGAUCAGCUGUGGUAUUGUACAUCUUACUAAUCACAAUAGGUGCAACA